GAGAACGACAGACUGACUGCUUCACAAACUCUGACACUUUCACUCACAGUCGCCCUAGUAGGAUAACCUACUUUCGCACUUCUGACCCUCGACAUGUCAAACAACAACGCCAGCAGCAACUUGGUCGUCGCUCAGAGAGUAGUGAAACAGCUGCGGUUGGAGGCCAGUGUCCGUAGGAUCAAGGUGUCUCAGGCUGCAGUGGAGCUGAAGAACUACUGUCUGCAGAAUGCUCACCAGGACCCUCUCCUGAUGGGGGUACCCUCCAGUGACAACCCCUUCAGACCCCCCAAGUCCUGCAGCCUGUUCUGAGCAGCAGUCAGUGUAUGGAGGAGGAGUUGUUGCUGUAUGUCCUAUGAGGGACCCUUCCUCUUCUCUCUCUACUGCUGGUCCGUUUGUGUGCUGCAGCUAUCCCAAUGUUAACCUCUAGCCUGAUCCCAGAUCUGGCAUGCCAAGGCACGACAAUGACCAUAUAGAUGUUGGCAAGACCGCACAAACAGAUCUGGGACCAGGCUAGACAGUCCAUGUAUUAAGAUAAAGCCUAGUAGUGCCAUUAUACAUGUAUGUUCAGGAUGUUGAUGUGAUAUCCUAUUUGUUAUGAUGAUGAUGAUGACAUUGUAUUCGGGUUGUAACUUCCUGAAAAUUCCCCAGUUUUUCAGAAAUUCCUGUUGGAAGAUUCCUGGAAUCAGGAGGGAAUAAGCAGAACAUCCAGGAAUCUUCUACUGGAAUUUCAGGAAAAUCUGGAAAGUUACUGUAGUUCUGAAACCCUACAUUGUAUCUAUGCACUGUACUUUCCAUCAGUAUGAUAUCAGCCUCUGACAGGCAGCCAGUGAAUGUGCCUUUUGAGGUUGUCUCUCUUUGUGUCUCCCAAAUAGCACCCUAUUCCCUAUAUAGUGCACUACUUUUGACCAGAGCCCUAUAGUGCAGUAUAUAGAGAAUAGGGUGUUAUUUGGAAUGCAACUUAUGUGUCCGACGACAUGUACAGCACAAUAAGGAAGUGACCAACAGUUGAAUGUUUUAACCAGGGUAUGUAUUGAUAUUUAGCCUACAGUUCUUAGCCUAUUGGCCUACAUGCUGUCUUGUCACCUUCUAUUGCUCGUGUUCCACAUGCAGUAUACUUCCUGGUACAAACUACCACACGGUACAGGUUGACAUUCUCAACCCAGGGAUACAGAACCAUAGAAUUAGAAUAUAGAAUUCAUGCAGAACACUAACCACAUAUUCCCCAGUUGUACUCUAUACAAGAGACUGGCAGGUACAUGUUUCUUUUAAACUUUCCUCUACCUAUUUUAUUUAAGGUUUUAUAAAAUAAUCAGCCUUUUUAUCGAAGGGUUCGUUCAUUCGGUCAUGAUGAUACUGAUGUGAUCUUAAAUGUUACAUUGUUGUGCCCUCCUGUACCUUUUUUUAGGAAGACACUCCUGUCCUGGCCUUUCUCCCUGGAAAUUCUCAUGUCCUUCUCACAUUUUUCCACUGGCCUACAUUCAGUCACCGAUAACACUGUAGCACGUUGUUCCACUGGCCUACAUUCAGUCACCGAUAACACUAUAGCACGUUUUUCCACUGGCCUACAUUCAGUCACCGAUAACACUAUAGCACGUUUUUCCACUGGCCUACAUUCAGUCACCGAUAACACUGUAGCACGUUUUUCCACUGGCCUACAUUCAGUCACCGAUAACACUGUAGCAAAUGGGAACGUAUUUAACUAAGACAAACAACACUCAUUUCCAUAUGCCACAGCUGGUGCUUCAGCUUGUAUCAGAUUACUGAUUAGCCACAUCACCAUGACUGCCAUUUUUAUGAUUCCAUCAGCCUAUAUAAGUUUAUAUUUAUAUCGUGGAACUGUCUAGCCUAGCUACCUGCCUUGAAUGAGGAGUUUUAAUUUGAUACCUGAUAUACUGUCGAUCCUCUGUGCCUUAACUUUGUAACUGUGUUUCCAACCUAGUAAAUCACAUUUACCACUA